GGACUGUCAGUUGGUCGCACGCUCCACCGUCAACCAGCCGAUCAAAAUGAAAACAAUCGCCAUCAUCGGAGGCGGGUGUAGCGGCCUGACCGCUAUAAAGUGUUGUUUAGACGAAGGACUGACCCCUGUCUGUUUUGAAAGAGAAAAUGACAUCGGUGGAUUAUGGAAUUACAAAGAAAAUUCAAAAGUAGGGACCGGCAGUGUGUAUCGCUCUUGUGUGAUGAAUACUAGUAAAGAAAUGAUGGCGUUUAGUGACUUUCCCCCACCAGACGACUUCCCAGUGUUUCUACCUCAUAGACAGGUCAAUCAAUAUUUUCAACUUUACGCGGACAAUUUCGAUUUGCGGAAAUAUAUAAAGUUCCGAACAGACGUCACUCGGAUUGUCCCGUCUCCGGAUUACGACCAUUCCGGUUGUUGGGACGUGACGUAUUGUUCAUGUUCCGGAUCAGACCCUGGGAGGGUCACUCGGAGGUUUGACGGAGUCCUCAUUUGUUCCGGACAUCACACUUUCCCUGUUACCCCGGAGUUUGAGGGUCAAGACGGGUUCCAAGGAAAGAUCAUGCAUACACACAGUUACCGCUCCAACAAGGAGCUUGCAGAUCAAAAGGUGCUUGUGGUCGGGAUAGGGAACUCCGGGGCGGAUAUUGCUGUCGACAUAAGCCAUGCUGCCUCACAGGUGUAUCUAAGCACGCGCAGAGGUGCGUGGAUCAUUAACCGGAAGGGGUUCUGGGGACUUCCGGCGGAUGCCAUGGCCAACAGUAGAUUUGCAUUCAUGUUACCAAAGAGCGUCCUCCAGUGGGGAGUUGAGAAAAUGUCAAAUUUCAACUUUGACCACAACAAAUUUGGGAUCAGGCCAGCUAACAGGGCCCUGCAGUCACAUCCCACCAUAAAUGAUGAACUUCCGCUUCGUCUGUUAACCGGAAGUAUCAAGAUCAAACCAAAUGUCCGACAUUUCUCACACGAAAAAGUCUCGUUUGAAGACGGGAGUUUAGAGGAGAUCGAUACUGUAAUUUUUGCCACUGGUUACAAUUACACGAUUCCAAUGGUGGACGAAUCUAUUACGAGGGUGAAAGAUAACGAAACCUGUCUCUACAAGUUCAUGUACCCACCCCAUUUGAAACACCCUACUCUAGGCAUUAUUGGACUGGUCCAGGCCAUCGGAGCUGUGAUGCCGAUAUCGGAAAUACAGUGCCGAUGGUACACUAGAGUCAUCAAGGGAUUGUGUAAACUUCCAUCGGAGUCGGAAAUGAUGGCAGACAUUGAACUGAAAAGAGAGACGGUUGCCAAUGGUUACUAUACCGCCAAACGUCACACUAUCCAGACUUUUUGGAUCGACUACAUGGAUGAUGUUGCUGAACAAUUUGGAGCAAAACCCAACUUAUGGCGGACGUUCUUUGAGGACCCGUACCUUGCCCUGAACUGUGUGUUCGGGCCCUGUUUACCUGCUCAGUACCGUUUGGAGGGACCAGGGAAAUGGAACGGCGCCAAAUCGUCUAUCAUCAACGCCAUGAAUCGUUACAGCGCUUCCAUGCAUACCAAAGUCAUGCCAAAGAACCACAACUCGUCCGGCUCCCAAAACAUCAACGUUAAUUCGGCUUUGACAGACAAAAUGAAUGUUGACUCUUCUUUGUCUUCAGGAAUCAGGAACCGCAUUUCUGCUUUUCUGCUUAACAAGAACGACAACUCAUCUCUGAAGGCGACGUUUCCGAACAAAGACAUUGUUGCGUCAUUUCCUGCCUUUUUGAAAUCCUUCUACACCCUUUUUAUUGUCAUGUUUCUAUUCUUCUGUAUGUGUCUUGUUUAAACUUUCACGUGAUUGUACAGAUAUUCCUAAUUGAUCACCAAAGGUGUUCCGAAUGAUAAUCACUCAAACAUAUCUGAGUGGAAGAAACUGUCCCAUAUUUGAUUUCGUUACAAACUAUCAUUGCUUUUCAUUACUCGAUGGAUACCUAUACUUCAGUGUAAAUGAUAGUUUUAAUUCAAUGUCCAUCUUCUUGUCCGUCUGUCUA